UGGCUUCGGUGUGCAGUGACUCACUGCAGGGACGUCGGGGCAUGUUUAGAGACGAGAUAACAAACGUCCUAGCCGGGAAAGGAAGAUUCAGAAGUCAAAAAGUGUGGGGGCGAUGCACAUGAUGAAUGUAGUCAAUAUAGCAGGAGCGCACAUCUCGGUGGGCGUUUUCGCGUUACUUCUUCAAAAAAGACGCUCUCCAAUGGAAAGCAACGCAAAUGAAAAGAUCUCAUGUUGUAACGGCAUGGAUUUAAGAAUGCUGGUAGUAGUGUUCAGCAUGGUUGCCUCUGAACUGUCUCACGUUCACACUAGACCAAUUGACUUUGUGUGUGACAGCGAGGCCAGAAGAAUGAUGAAUAAAGUGAAGGACUUACAAGUGGAAAUGGUAGUCUGCAGUGCUGUUGAUGCUCUACCGUCUGAUAUUAAAUUACCAUGCAUCAGAAUUCACAAAGCAACCUGGGAGAGAAAAUCAGUGCAUGAGCAGAGGGCUGAGAUCUUGCUGUCUUUGGGGACUCUAGCACAGGAUGUGCGGUCUGCCAGGACACUCAGCCAACCUGGCUGUGGACUCACUCUGCUGGAGCGCUUAGAGCACAGUAUCAACAACUACUUGCAUGUAGUAAGACUACUCCACAUUGAGCAGGGGGAGCAGGUAGGACCCCAGGCAGAGCUAUGUCUGGGUCAACCCUCUAAGGAUUUGGGUCUGGUGUUGAAGCACUUUGGGCUUCUGCUAACAGGCAAGCUGGAGUGGGUCAUUGCAGAGAUGGCAAAGGGGUGCUAGACUGAAAGUCUGACUUCUAAUCUUGUAUAAUGGGACCGGACAGGCCCAAUCAAUUUUAACAAUGGUCCAACUUCAAGACAAUGAAGGGCCAUUCACUUUUCUGGAGAUCAGAGACUUACAGAGGAGAAAGUACAUAAACGACAACACUGUGCCAUCUGCUGGAUCAUAGCCGAACUGACUCACCUGUUGAGAUGCACCCAUUGAACUUUUAGUACAGACAAACUGUUCUGAGCUGAAUACAGUUUCUAGUGAGUGCUACAUGUUUAUAUAUAUAUAUAUAUAUAUAUAUAUAUAUAUAUAUAUAUAUAUAUAUAUAUAUAUAUAUAUAUAAAAAUCUCACAGAUUAUAUUUAUUUAUUUUAUAGCCUGCAUGAAGGUUGAAUUGACUCUACAUGGUGUGAUAGCACAUGGAAGAUAACUGCGACAGAAUGUGUGACAAUGCGGAGGUAGUGCAGUGCACACACAGGAAGGGUCACUUUAUCUAUACACUCCAACUUAUAAUUAUGAAAUGUUUGUGUAUAUAAUAUAUUUUGUGUAAAAAUAGGAUUUACAAUAUUUUGUAAAAAACAAAAACAAAAAAAAAACUAGUCAUUAAUCCAAAGUUUUAUUGCAUUGGAACACUGAUGCCCUGACACGAAACAGAGUCAAUUCAUGAGUGACCAAAAUAUUUAAGAAAAUAUUUUAAUAUAUUCUCUUUUUAAUAUACUUUGUCCACCUUGCUUGUAAAAUGUAUAAUUUGUAAGAGUUUUUUUUAAAAAUGUACAUAUCUAAAUAUUUAAAUCUAUUUUCAUUUCAUUUGUGGUGCGGAUAGUGUUUUCAUCUAAGCAACUGUUUUCAGCAUAUCAGCGUAUUAGAAUGUAUUUUCUGAAGGAUCAUGUGACACUGAAGACCAUCACAGGAAAAAUGACAUUUUAAAAUAUAUUAAGUAAAACAUAGUUAUUUUAAAUUGUAACAAUAUGUCACAAUAUUACUGUUUUAUCUGUAUUUGAUCUUUUUUAUAUAUAUAUAUUUACAUAUUUUACCUCACCAGUUAAGAAGAAGCCAUGAGUCAGAGUCACAGGGAAAAUCUCAUCAUCUGGACAGUGGCAUAUCUAAAGAGAAGACAACUAUUUGAAUUUUUGCCUGUUUCGUAUUCUGCUUUUGCUGAUUUAGCUGAAUGGGAACUUAGCACUCCUGGUCAGGUUAAGAUGGUUCAAGAAAUGACAAUGAUUGUGGUUGAACCUAGUUUAUUGAUGGGUACUUUAUAUAUUAUUCCAUGAGAUCUCAAAUGAUGAGCAAGAGAAAUUUAAAGUGAAGAACCUAAUGUGUAAAUCAUGUAACAAAUUCCAGUCUCAGACAUAAAAUGAGCAGUAGAGAGAUGGUCAGGGAGAGCUUGUGAUUGAUUGUGCUAUACAAUGGCUGACAGAUUGCUAGGAACCUUGAAUAUGAAUAUAGAAUCUACUAAAAGACUCCCGUUUUCUUUGGUGAUUUAAAGAAACCCUUUUAAAAUCAGAUAUUUGAAUUUGGGGACAAAAGCACAACUCAGUUAAUUAGACCAUGUAUGAGAUGAAUAAUUCUGCAAGUUAAUAAAAUACUAUGUAAAAUGUC